AUGUCCUCUUCUCAGAUAUAUGCUAGAACCUCCUCCUCUAUUAAUAUAUUCAAAGGAUAUCCAGAUUUCGACGAAUUGAAUCUAUCUGAAAAAUUCAAUCAAACAGAUGCAAAUUUUAGAAUAAAUUCAUCUAUUGUAUCCCCAUGUGGCAGAUUUUUAGCAAUAGCAUCCAAUUCGAAUGUCCAAGUUUUCAGCGGUGAAUCCUUCAACGAAUUAAAAUUAACUUUACAGUUAAAUAAUGUAUACGAUUUGCAUUUUUCUCCAAGCGGUAAUUAUCUAUCAACCUGGGAAAGACCGCCAGUGGACCAACCAGAAUAUCCAAACGUUAAAAUAUUUUACAUAAAUAACAACGAUGCCAACAGUACUAACGAAAUCCAAUUUGAAUACCAGAGCAAGUCUCAAAAUGGAUGGUACUUACAGUUUUCUAAGUUGGAUGACUAUGUUAUUAAAAUGAAUGGUAGCAAACAGUUACGAAUCGUCAAAUUGACACCCGGCGUUCCGUUUAAUUUUAAUAAACCAUGGACUUCUUUAACUACUUCUGGCCAACAACCAAUUAGCACCUUUUUGAUUUCACCAGCUACUGAACAUCCAACAAUCUGUAUCUUCCAAGCUGAGAAAGGAGGCAAGCCUGCCGUUUUAAGUAUUUACCCGAUUGUUGAAAAUAAAAUCGAAACACCUAUUGUUUCCAAGAAUUUUUUCAAAGCCGAUUCCUGCCAAUUGACAUGGAACAAUGCCGGUACUGCUAUUUUAUGCUUAGCUAUCACUGAUUUUGAUCAGUCUAACAAAUCAUACUACGGCGAAAACACAUUGUACUUAAUUACUUUCCAAGGAGUUAAUGGUAAGUUGGGUGGCCAAUCAAUGCGUGUUUCCUUGAACGAGGAAGGCCCCAUUCAUGGGUUCACUUGGUCUCCAACCAAUAGAGAAUUUGCUGUCUGUUACGGGUUUAUGCCAGCUACCACGACUUUCUUUGACUUAAGAGCCAAUGUCAUUCAUUCUAUACCUAAAUUACCAAGAAAUACCAUUGACUAUUCCCCAAGCGGUAGACAUAUAAUUCUAGCUGGGUUUGGUAAUUUACAAGGUAGUGUUGAUAUUUUGGAUCGUUACGAUAAAUAUAAGAAGGUAUCCACCUUCAAUGCUGCUAAUAGUGUUGUUUGUAAAUGGUCACCAGGCGGCGAAUUUAUUUUGACUGCAACCACUUCCCCUCGUUUGAGAGUUGACAAUGGCUUAAAAAUAUGGCAUUAUACUGGCAAGUUGGUCUUCAUUAGAGAAUAUAAAGAAUUACUGAAGAUUGACUGGAGAAUCAGCGAAAACCCAACAGAUCCUAAGGUAAAUAGUUUAAAAGAUUUGAUAAUCCACCCAAGUGCUGAAAAAUAUAUUUUAGAUCAUCCAAGUUCUGUUUCCAAUCCAUCUGCUUUGCAUGGUUCUAACGGUUCCGGAUCUACAGGAUCUGGUGGUGCCUAUAGACCACCACAUGCCAGAAGAGCUGCUGCUGCUGCUGCCAACGGUGUGAAGAUCAAUAAUGCCAAGGUACAACGAAAUGUUGUUGGUUUAGUACCAGGCGCCACUCCACUUGUCGAUAAUAAUGCCACUAAGAAGAAAAAGAAACAUCAUAAGAAAAAGGAUGAUGGUUCUAAUUCUGAUGGGAACACUUCUAAUAAUAACAAUACUAUUCCAAAAGUCAAUACAGAUAUAUCUCCAGAACAAAAGAAGAUUCGGUCAUUAUUAAAAAAAUUGAGAGCUAUUGAAACUUUGAAAGAAAAAAAAGCUAAUGGUGAUAAAUUGGAGGAUACACAAGUUUUAAAAAUUCAAACAGAAGAUAAAGUUUUAAAAGAAUUAAAUUUUUUGGGUUGGACUAGAGAUGACAUUUGA